CCUCAUCAUCCCUCGGCUCCUUCUCAGCAUGGCCUCCUCCUCCAGCAGCAGCAGCGGCAGCGCAGAGCCGUGGAUCAUCGAUGCACACACCCAUGUCCUGCCCGAGCGGCUGGCGCGCAAGAUCCGUGCCUUCUUCAACGCCGUCAUUGCCGAUGCCGAAGGCAGCGAGGUUGCCUCCGAGGCCGCUCCUGCCUCCGUCGCCUCGGCGUCCGAAGACGUCGCCGCGGACGCAGCCGCGCCGCCGCCGCACGCCUGCUGUCCGCCUGCGGCCGCGUUUGACGCAGAGUAUGCGGAUGCCGACGCGUUCCCCUCGCCCGGGAGACUCGUGUAUCCCUACCACGAGUCCGAUCCGAAGCUACUGGCCCAGUCCCUGCGCGAUGCCGGCAUCAAGGGCAGUUGGAUCCUGCCGUAUGCUCACAAAGCCGGCGUCGCAGCGCCGCUUAACGACGCGAUCUUGAGCGUAUGCACUGCACUUCGAUCGCACGGCCAGUCGCCCAUCGCAGGCCUCACUGCGCAUCCCGAUGACGGCGCCGACGCAGUGGGCGCCUACACACGGCGUGCCAUCGCCGCCGGCGCACGCGUCGCCAAGCUGCACUGCUCCGUGGGCGAGUACAGCGUGCUGCACCCGGGGCUCGCGCCGUUCUGGGAGACCGUGGCGGCCGCGAGAGUGCCGGUGGUGGUGCAUGCCGGCUCGCACGUGAGCGGCAACACUGCCUCUCCGGAGAUGCGCGACAUUGAGGAGGUGGCGAGGCGCUAUCCUGAGGCAAGAGUCGUCAUUGCUCAUAGCGGCAGCCCGGCGGUGAAAGCUGCGCUGGAGGUGGCGAGACGAUGCGGAAACGUGUAUCUCGACACCACGCCGACUGUGACUCGGCUGCCCCUCUUCCCGCCGCCAGGACAUCCUUCGCACGCCUUCACGCUGCAGCUGGCGCGUGCCGGGCGCAUCCUCUUCGGCUCCGACGUGCCCAACGUGGCCAUGCGUCUCGAAGAGCAGAUGGCGGGCGUCGUGCGCCUCUUCGGCAGCGACGCAGAUCGCGCAGCGCUCGAUGCGGGCCGCGACUGGACGGAGCUGGGCGUCAGCGAGAGGGGCGAGGGAGAUGCGCUGGGAGAGGUGUUUGGACGAGCGGCGAGGCGACUUGUGGCGGGUGUGAGGGUGGAGAGGAAAGCGGGCUUGUAGGGCAAACAGGCAAUCUAGUGUAUUGAGUGGCACGUGGCG